UUCCUUGACUUCGCUUCCUCUUAACGCUCUUGGCACUAAACUUACCUCCACUACUUUCAGAUUACUACUACUAUUUUUAAUACGCGUAUUCAUAUAUGUAUUUGUUUGUUUUUGUGAUACAAACAGCUAAUUUCUUGCGACUCUGGUCAUGCUGAGACUUCCGUGAUUGAUUCUAUUUUAUACUCUCUCUCUCUCUCUCCCUACACAUCGUGAGGACUCUCGAAGUCGCCCCCACGUUCCCUUGCACAUUUCUUGGGUACACCUCUACCAUUUUCUCUGAAAAAGAAAAGCUUCUUGGAAAAAUACUCUGUAUUUCGGAGAUUCCAACUCCAGAGAGUGAGAGAGAGAGAAAGAGACAGAGGUAAGACUAUUUUUUGAGUGUUUUUUCCUUUUCUUUGUCUAUUUUGGUGACCUGGGUAUGUUGCAUUUGCACAUGAAAGUUUGGGAUUGUGUAGUUAAUUUGUGAAUCUGGGUAAAGUAGAGAAUUUGACAUCAGUUUAGGAAUUCUGGGUUUUGCUCUUAGUGGAUUUUGUUGAUCUGUUUUUGGUUCAGAUUUUGAAAUUGGUGAUCUGGGUUUUGCUCAUAUUAGGGUUUUCUCAACUCUUUUUUGCUUGAUUUGAGUAAAGUUGCCUUUUUCUAAGUGAAAAUCGAAGUUCAUUGGAGUUAUGUUUGGAGAAUUUGGGUAUUGAUAGUGAAAUUCUUCGGAUAAUUGGGAUUUGCUAUUGGAUUUCUGGAAUUAUUUGUGAAAAUUAGAAAUUUGUUGAGACAGUUGUUGUUUAUAAUGCAACAUGGAUUUUAUGGAUAGAUAGCUAGUUAGAUCCAUAGUUCAUUGAUUGGUAAAUAUUCAUAGAAAGAGAUGGCUACAACAUCACCUCUAAACCCUUCUGUUCCCAUACCUCCACCAACUUCCAGUAUUACCCCACCAGGACCUCCUUCAAAUUCUUCACCCACUACAGUUCCUCCCACAGUUUCUCAACCCAGUCAGACUUCUAAUACACCAGCUCCUUCAUCCCCUUCCACCCCUUCCAACUCUUUGGCCCCACCUCCUCAAUCUCCUCCACCAGCAGUUCCUGCUGCCCCUCCUCCGUCUCCACCGCUUUCACCUCCACCAACAGCAACACCGCCACCUACUUCUUCACCGCCACCAUUGCCUCCAACAUCACCAACUCCUCCUCUACCAUCUCAACCUCCAUCACUGCCUGCCACCUCUCCUCCUCCUGUUGCCAAUUCACCACCCCCUCCAAUUUUGUCUCCACCACCGCCAUUAGCAGUUUCUCCCCCCCAGUCAUCUCCACCUCCCCCUUCAGCUUCUCCACCUCCCCCAACAAAAGCUCCAUUGCCGCCUUCUGCCAAUUCUCCACCUCCACCAGUUGCAAAGCCACCGCAAAAUUCUCCUCCACCUCCUAGGGUAACACCUCCUUCUCCACCUGGUUCUCCACCAGCUCCCCCGCCCCCAACAAGUUCCCCCCCACCACCCCCGGAUUCCACAUCAUCUCCUCCUCCUCCUCCUGUACCCUCGUCAUCUUCACCAACUCCUGUUUCUCCUCCUGCUCCAACUAAUUCAUCGGUCAGUACAAUCCCCCCUAUCUCACCAUUACCCUCUCUUCCUACGCAAAAACCAACUGCAAGAUCAACUACACCUGGUUCAGGUGCAGGGGCCAAUACCAUAUCAACAGGUAGUGGCAGUAAUAAGGCUGGAGGUACCAUGGCAAUCGGCAUUAUUGUUGGGCUUUUGGCACUUAGUCUAGUUGUGAUGGGUGUGUGGUUCACACGGAAACGAAAGAGAAGGGCAACUGGAUUGAAUGGUGGCUACAUUAUGUCUUCUCCAUUUGCUUCUUCCCAACAUUCAGAUUCAUCAUUUCUAAGGCCCCCAAAUUCAGUUCACGUAGCCCAAAGUGCUUCUGGAAGCAAUUUCAUGUACUCGCCAGAGCCUGGUGGAGUAGGCAAUUCAAAGUCCUGGUUCACUUAUGAAGAGCUAUCCAAGGCUACAAAUGGGUUUUCAGCGCAGAAUCUUUUGGGCGAAGGUGGAUUUGGUUGUGUAUACAAAGGGUUCCUUGUAGACGGAAGAGAAGUUGCUGUUAAACAGCUAAAGAUAGGUGGUGGACAAGGGGAGCGUGAGUUUAGAGCAGAAGUCGAGAUUAUCAGUCGGGUACACCACCGUCAUUUGGUUUCUCUUGUGGGUUACUGUAUAUCUGAGCAUCAAAGAUUGCUUGUCUAUGAUUUUGUCCCAAAUGACACCCUUCAUUAUCAUCUCUAUGCAGGUGAAGGUAGGGCAGUCAUGGAUUGGGCAACCCGGGUUAAAGUUGCUGCUGGUGCAGCUCGUGGAAUAGCUUACCUGCAUGAAGACUGUCAUCCCCGAAUUAUUCACAGGGAUAUCAAGUCGUCGAACAUUCUAUUAGACAAAAACUUUGAAGCUCAGGUGGCAGAUUUUGGUCUUGCAAAAUUAGCUGCGGAUGCAAAUACACAUGUGACAACUCGUGUGAUGGGAACUUUUGGAUACAUGGCUCCGGAGUACGCAUCAAGUGGCAAAUUGACUGAAAAAUCUGAUGUAUAUUCAUUUGGGGUCGUGCUUCUAGAGCUCAUUACUGGUCGCAAGCCUGUGGAUGCAUCUCAACCACUAGGUGAUGAGAGCCUGGUUGAAUGGGCUCGACCAUUGCUUAAUCAAGCACUUGAAAGUGAACGGUUUGAAGAGUUGGCAGAUCCAAGGCUGGAAAACAACUAUGUUGAAACUGAGAUGUUCCGGAUGAUUGAAGCAGCUGCAGCUUGUAUACGGCAUUUAGCCUCGAAGAGACCACGAAUGAGUCAGGUGGUAAGAGCUCUAGACUCCAUAGGUGAGUUCACAGAUCUAACCAAUGGGAUGAAACCUGGACAAAGUGAAAUUUUCAAUUCAAGGGAACAAUCUGCACAGAUCAGAAUGUUUCAGAGGAUGGCAUUUGGAAGUCAAGAGUACAGUUCGGAAUUUUUUGAUCAUUCUCAGAGUAGCUGGAGGAGUUGAGUGUGCAUCGAACUAGUAUGGAGUAAUCAAAACAAGUAUAGGCCUUACUAGGCAUACUGAACCCACCAGUGAAUUUCUCUGUAUGCCCGGAAACAACAUAUUAAAAGGUUGCAAUUCUUUUAUUGACAUCAGAAUUAUUUUCCAGACCCUCCAUUGAGAGUUGAGUUCUUGUAAUUAGGUCCCCUUUGUGCCUCACAUGUAUAAUCUUAUGCAUUUUUUCUUUAAAAUUUUCCUGUAAUUCUGUUUUUCUGCUAACAUGGUUGCUUCUACGCAUGAAUCUCUCUCUCUCUCUC